AUGGCUCUGUUUUUCUCGUUUGCAGAUAUCUCAAUAAGCUUGCUCUCCUUAGUUGUCACAGCCUGUGGUCUUGCUCUGUUUGGUGUCUCUCUGUUCGUCUCCUGGAAGCUGUGCUGGAUCCCUUGGCGAGAGCGUGGUCUGCCAUUUGGGAACAAAGACAACAAGCAGGAAUCGCUGAACUACACAGACACAGAGACCAAUGACCGUGACUACAGUGAGGAUUAUCUGGGUCAGCCUACAGCCUAUCCAGAGUCCUCCAUGAAGAUCAGCCACACCUCCCCUGAUAUUCCGUUAGACACCCAGGCGGGAACGAAGGAGAACUGCGUCCACAAUGCGCGAAUGCACCGGCAGAUCACUGAACCAACCUCUUCUGCUCGGCACAAUUCGAUCCGAAGACAGCUCAACCUCUCCAACCCGGACUUCAACAUCCAGCAGGUUCAGAAACAGGAGCAGCUGACGGGGAUCGGCCGCAUUAAGCCAGAGCUGUACAAGCAAAGAUCGGUGGACACGGACGAUGGCCGGAGGAGUAACAGCAAGGCAUGUGGAAAACUGAACUUUAUUCUCAAAUACGAUUGUGAUUUAGAGCAGCUGAUAGUGAAGAUUCACAAGGCCAUCAACCUGCCAGCAAAGGACUUCUCUGGAACUUCAGAUCCGUACGUGAAGAUAUAUCUGCUUCCUGACAGGAAAACAAAACACCAGACUAAAGUGCACAGAAAGACCCUAAAUCCAGUAUUUGAUGAAGUUUUUUUAUUUACUGUUCCAUACAAUGAUCUGAACACAAGGAAACUCCAUUUCUCUGUAUAUGACUUUGACAGAUUCUCCAGGCAUGACUUGAUUGGCCAAGUGGUAGUGGAUAAUUUUUUAGAUUUGGCAGAUUUUCCCAGGGAAUGUAAUAUUUGGAAGGAUAUUGAAUAUGUCACCAAUGAUAACGUGGAUCUUGGUGACCUUAUGUUUUCCCUCUGCUACCUUCCAACAGCUGGUAGACUAACUAUUACAAUAAUAAAGGCAAGAAAUUUAAAAGCAAUGGAUAUCACAGGAGCAUCAGAUCCCUACGUGAAGGUUUCUUUAAUGUGUGAGGGAAGGCGACUAAAGAAAAGAAAAACUUCCACCAAGAGGAAUACCCUUAAUCCCGUUUACAAUGAAGCCAUAGUCUUUGACGUCCCUCCAGAAAACAUUGACCAAAUUAACUUGUCGAUAGCUGUUAUGGAUUAUGACCGUGUAGGUCACAAUGAGGUCAUUGGAGUAUGUCAAGUAGGCAACGAUGCAGAAAGUCUAGGUCGUGACCACUGGAACGAAAUGCUCUCAUAUCCUCGGAAACCCAUUGCUCACUGGCAUCCUCUUGUAGAGGGCCCUAUUCAGCAGGAAUGUUAUGCAGGUCUUCUGCGCUUGGAUGGCUGCCGAAGAGGCUUCCUCACCCUUUUAACCUAUUCAGCAGAAAUUUGGCAUUCCUGUUGAACUCUUUCUUAGCCAUAUCCUCAGGGGCUAUUCCACAGAGUCCAGUGGGGAAUCAAGUGGGGGAGGGUGUCCAGCGCAUCCAGGCUGUGCAGAGAAAUAUAUACACAGCAUAUCAUUUUGGUUCCUGAAUCAGGAUUAGACUCAGCGAGAGCUUCUGGAACCUCUGUGGCCACAGCCAUAGGACCCUGAAUAUUUGCUGAAUAGGACCCUCAGUCUUCUACUGUGUGAAGAGCUAUUGGUUUCAAGUAGCGUAAUGUUAUCCACUUGUAGCAUUAAUUCUCCAGCUGACACUAUUGCUACUGAUAGAUUAUUUGUAUGGUCGUAAGCAUUACCCAAAUUCAAGUCAUCAUUUCUGUUCAUUAGAAUAACCCAGGUUUUACAAGCAAAAUGAUAGCAAUGGAAACCAACAAGUAUGGGAAGCAGCAACAAAAGUAGUCCUUGUAUUUGCAAAAAAGGUGCAGUAUUGUGAAUGGAUAGCUUUCUAAAUAAUUUUUUUUCAAGAAUGGUUGUCAUCAGGCAUUUAUUUGUUGAUGACAAGUUGCGUCCUCAGUCUCAGUUGGUGCCUCCUUUCACCUACAUGAAAACAAAUUAAUAUGGUUGCUUGAAGAAAUCCUUCAAAUCUGAAAAACUGUAAAAAAAGUUCUGUUGGGUGCGAACAAGAUGCAUAUGGUAUUUGUAAUGACAGUAUGUUCUUUCAGAAAGAAGAUAACCAUCUGUAUAACAUGGAGGUUGUUAGUCCUCAACCUUUGUAGAUGAUAUUCCAGUCAAUGUUUCUUAGUUGUGUCCACAACACUGCAAAAUGUUGGAAGCAUGUCACAGGCGGCAAUGCUUGAUCAUACAAACAAGCACACACACGUGUGCCUGGGCACAAACACACCCUGUGUCAUUUUAAAAUGCUGUUCCAAAUAUAUAGUGCCUGUGAAGACUUCCUUUACUAUUUGUGGUAGAAUUAGCAGGGCUAUUUUACAUGAUGGUAUAUUGUAAAUUCUGACAAAUUCUGACCAUUAAAAGAAAAUAAAUCAAAGCGCUGGACUCUUUCACGCAAUAAAAUCUAUGCCCCAAACCAAGAGACCCUGAGAUAAUUUUUUGCCAGUUAUUUAGCCAUGCAUGGAGUUCUCUCUUCCUCCAAAUUUUUCUAGAGAGAAUUCGAUUCAAGUUUUUACAUAAGAUUUUUCUGUUUAAAAAAUGCAAAUGCAAAGUAUGGGUAUUUUAUACGGUACAGUUGUCUGCUAUUUACUUACAGAUAGGGAGCCCUGGUCUUUAAAUAUAGUUCAGAUAAGCUUAUGUGCACACACAUUGCUUCAUGUCUUGUAUGUGUGGAAUGGUCACCAAGUGUUUUGGAUUUGCAACUUUGCUGACACAGAUAUGCAUGCAUGGAUUAAAGAAAUAUUUAAAAUUCUUACCCCAAAUCUGAAAAAUUAGUUUUAUAACCUAUCAAUGGGGAUCUUUCAGAAAAUAAGGAUUGCUAGUGGGUAAAGCACAGCUUGGCACUUGCAGGAAAUCUUGGAUUUGUUGUGCUGCAGCUAUAAAGCAGAAGCCCUGUAAGUACAGUGGUUUUCAAAAAUCUCGUGCCAUGCUGUGGAGAAUACCAUGGGCAAGGGUGCUUCUGGCAAACUGAACACUUCAAAACCUGCCCAAGCACAGUUUCAGAUGAGUAACAAUUGGGCAUUUAAAAAAAAAGAAAGAAAAACAGACACGAAGUUGCCACAGCAAAAUUAUUUCACUGUGCUUUCAGCUGAAGCUUUGUAUCAGCAGACCAGUGGUGUGAUCCAUUGUGCGUAUCUGCUCCUGCAUGAUCCUCACCUCAGGCAAAGUCCUGCACUCUUUACCCAGGCUCAUGUCCCAGGAGUCAAUAUGGGGAGAUGGGCAUGAGCAAAGGAGGAGGAGCUCUUGCUUUGGGGUGGAGUUCUUUGAUUUCCUGGACAAAUCUUUAUACACGCACCCCUGCCUGGAACGCGGAGCU